GCAGUGGUAUGGCAGUAAAUCUAUUAACUUUUUUGGAUAAGUGCAAUGAGAUAUAGAUGGCACUAGCUGUGCAGGGUUAAGUUCUUGCCAAUUUCUGCCCUGCCGAUUUUAAUGGCCAAGGAAACAGCAGUGCAUAAAUCUCAGCCCGGCGAGGCCUCUCGAUCUCGACGCGUGCCCAUCCUCUCCUGAUUCGAGCCUAAGGAAGAAAUGAUGUCUGCCAACGGCGACUCUCCGGCCGGCGCCGCCGUGACGACGCCGAGGUCGCGGCUGCCGCGGUGGACGCGGCACGAGACGCUGGUGCUGAUCCAGGCGAAGCGCGUGACGGAGCAGCGGGCGGCGCAGCCGGUGCGGCUCAAGUGGGCGGUGGUGUCGGCCUACUGCCGGCGGCACGGCGUGGAGCGCGGGCCCAUGCAGUGCCGCAAGCGCUGGGGCAACCUCUCCUGGGACCUCAAGAAGAUCGUCGCCUGGGAGAAGAAGCACGCCGCCGCCGUCGCCGCCGUCGCGGGCGACGCGGACUCGGCGGCGCCGGAGCGCGAGUCGUUCUGGGACAUGCGCGGGGAGGAGCGGCGCGCCAGGCAGCUGCCGUCGUCGUUCGACCGGGAGGUCUACGACGCCAUCGUCGGCGCCGGCGGCGCCGCCAACCAGCUGAAGCCGGACUCCGCCGAGGAGAUGGAGCUCGCCGACGACGCCGACGAGCACCCGCCGUCGCCGAUGAUGGUCAUGCCCAUCCAAGCGAGAAUGUACGUGCCGCCGGCCUCCUCCCAGUCCCAGCGCGAGUGCUCCGAUCCGGCGACGGAGAGCGCCAAGAAGCCGGCGUCGGACAAGAACUCGACGUCGCAGCAGGACAGCGAGGCGACGUUCGGCGCCGGAGUCGGGGCGGAGGACACGGACACGGACACGGCGACGGCGACGCCAACGGCAGGGGCGGGGACGACGAGCAUGGGGAGGCAGAUGUCGGAGGCGCUGGAGAGGGGCAACCGUUUGCUGGCGGAGCAGCUGGAGGCGCAGAGGGCGAACUGGGAGGCGGACAGGGAGCACCGGAGGGCGCUCCUCGCCGCCGUCAACAAGCUCGCCGACGCCGCCGCCAGGAUCGCCGAGAGGCUCUGACGUCUCGACCGGAUGAAUUCUCGUCGUCGACACCGAUCGAUAGCAGAGAUAGGAGAUGAGGCCGAUUCAGAGUUUCAGAUACUACUAAGUUAGACCAAAAUUAAGAAUGAUGCUUUCCGUAUGACUAUCAAAUCUAUCAUAGAUAAUGUUGAGUAUUCUUCUCUAGUUGUUCCUGAUGUGAAUGGUGGAUUGGCCUGAUAUGAUGACGGAAUAAUGUUUGUUGUCUA